AGCCUCAAAAGCAACUUCAGACUAAAAGAGCCUUCAUUUUUCUUCAGACGCAAGUGACUAAUAUUCUACACAAUGCAAGCCGUUCGUUGUUCAGCGUGUGCUGGCCGUAUUGCAGGUGUUCUGCAAAGACAGAUGAGCAAGAGAUUUACAAGUUCUGACACUGGUGUCUUCAGUAUACUGAAACCCAGCUCCCAGAAGCUGCAGGAAACUCCAAACAACACACACAUGAGCAGAGCCUCUUUAAGUGUUGGUCUGGGCCUCAAUACUGUCCCUUUCUCACAUCAAGUGGAAAAUCUCUCUCAUGACUUUCUGAUUAGAAAAGCUGCAUCAGUGGUGACAGACAGCUCCAGUACAUUUCUCUCCCAGACUACACUGGCCCUCAUAGACUCUCUUACAGAUUAUGCCAAGGCUGUCCAUACUCGCAUUGCUCUCCAAAGGCAGUACUUGGCCACUUUGGGAAAGCUAAGCCCUGCUGAGGACGAUUCACUUUGGCAGCUGAUAAACAACCUUCGUGCACAGGCUGCUGACAGACUAAGUCAAUGCAAACACUUCGAGUCAACUUGGAUCAAUGCCAUGAAUAUGUCAAAAAUGGCGGCCGAAGCAGCAUAUGUUUCAGGAGCGGAGCAAGCUUCUAUCACGAUAAGGACCAACAUCCAGCUGGCCCAGUCUCAGGUCGACGAGGCAAAGAAAGUGUCCACUGAAGCAGAUAAGAAACUGGCUGAAACUAAAGCAGAUGAGAUCCAGAGGAUGGCCGAAUAUCACGCUUUUCUCCAGAACAGUGAGCAUGAGGUGCACGAAGCGUAUCUUCGAGAAGACUAAGAGAGUUCAGAGCAUCCAGUCUGAAUGUAGCUUGUUAUGUGUAUGUUUUAGUUGUUUGUAAAAAAAAAAAAA